AUGAGUUCAGAUCGGGCCCAAUCGUCCAAGAGGCGAUGUGUCAGCACUGCUUGUGUGGCCUGUCGCAAGAGGAAGUCCAAGUGCGAUGGAAAUCUUCCCAGCUGUGCGGCUUGCUCCUCAGUGUAUCAUACUCCAUGCGUAUAUGAUCCCAACUCGGAUCAUCGCCGCAAAGGCGUCUAUAAAAAGGAUACCGAUACUUUGCGCACGAAAAACACUACUUUGCAUACCUUAAUCCAGGCGAUUUUAAACUAUGAUGAAGCAGAUGCUUUCGAUCUAGUACGCCAAAUUCGCGCUUGCGAUGACCUCGAGGAUGUAGCCAACUCAGUGCUGGCCCAAGAAAAGGGACUUGCAUCUCUGGAUUCAGCUGCAACAGAGUCCACCGGUGAAAACUUGAUCGAAAUCAAUCAAUUCGAAUCAGAGCUGGCUGGGAAGAUGAGUGAGCUGAUGCUGGACGGCUCACGCAAAUUUAUUGGGGGGACAUCGAACCUUAUCUUCCUGCCGCCAGGCUCGGAGCUUCAUGAGGCGGCUGCAGUCACAAACAAUCUUGCUCCCGAGGCUGAAAAAGUACACGCCGUAAGUCGGUGGACCCAGGUCACGGAUGAUGACUCCUUGAUCAGUCAUUUGAUGACCAUGUAUUUCACAUGGCAUUAUCCAUUUUUCACCACUCUCUCCAAAGAUCUGUUCUAUCGGGACUAUAUCCGCGGGGUUCCCAGCUCAUAUUGCUCUACAUUACUCGUCAAUGCCAUGCUUGCUCUCGGUUGCCAUUUCAGUUCAUGGCCAGGUGCUUUUGAUGAUCCCCAAGACCUUGCAACGGCGGGCAAUCACUUCUUCAAAGAGGCGAAACGGCUCGUUUUGGAAAAUGACGAGCAUGAGAACGCAAAGCUUUGCACGGUUCAAGCUUUCGCACUCAUGUCUGUCCGAGAGGCAGGAUGUGGCCGCGAAGGAAAAGGCUGGGUCUACAGCGGCCUCAGUUUCCGCAUGGCUUUUGAUCUUGGACUCAAUCUGGACUCUCAAAACAUCGGCGCUCACAGUCUCAGCGAUGAAGAAAUCGACGCUCGUCGAGUCACAUUCUGGGGCUGCUAUCUCAUUGAUAAAUGCUGGUCAAAUUACCUUGGUCGCCAGCCACAAUUGACCUCUGCAAACGCGAAUGUGCCCAAAUUUGAUGUCUUCCCACGAGAGGAGACAGAGCUAUGGUCACCCUACACUGAUUCUGGCGUGGGCCAUGAGCACACUCAGGCAUCGCGAACUCGUGCAGUAGCUCUCCAGAUCUCCAAAUUGUGCGAGAUUAGUAGCGAUCUCCUGGUGUUCUUCUAUCAUCCAACUGAGCUUGAAAAAAUGCAGCCCAAACAGUCGGAGCUGAAGAAACUCAGUGAUGUUCACACCCGGCUUGAGGCGUGGAAGAACAAACUGCCCAAGGAAUUGGUUGCCAGAGAAGGGCAGCUGCCUCAAGUGCUCGUCAUGCACAUGCUAUAUCAGCUACUGAUCAUUCACCUCUAUCGGCCUUUCUUGAAAUAUACCAAGGCCAAUACACCAUUGCCACCACAUGUCUCGCCCCGCAAGAUUUGCACACAGGCUGCUGCCACUGUCUCCAAGCUCUUGCGCGUAUACAAACGAUGUUAUGGAUUGAAGCAAAUCUGCAAUAUUGUCGUUUAUAUCGCCCACACCACAUGUACCAUCCACCUUCUCAACCUCCCCGACAAAAACGCCCAGAGAGACGUCAUCCACGGUUUGAAGAAUCUUGAAGAAAUGGCAGAAGGUUGGCUUUGUGCUCGACGUACCCUCCGCAUCCUUGACAUCUCCGCAAAUAAAUGGAACGUUGAACUUCCUCCCGAAGCAAUCGCCGUCUUCGAACGGACCCAUGUCAAAUGGGGCUCUUGGGGCUCUUGGGAUCAAGCGGCAUCUCCCUCAACAUCCAUGGAAUCACCCAUCUCAACUGCCAUGCACCCUGCCACAAGUCCCAGUCGAUUCUCACCGACUGCACCGCCAUUCCAACCAUCUCGAGCGGAAGAACAAAACCCUCUCACAGUGGCAAAUUCACGCAUGGGUCCUCAGUACCGCCAUGCUCCAACUACUAUCCCCAUGUCCCUCCCGUCCAUGCGACCAACACCCAGCGCUCUAUCAGCGCAGCUUCAGAGGCCUGAAUUUGCCCCGCCCGAGCCCACGUAUCUCCGUCCCCAAAUGGCCUAUCAAUUCCCCCCUAUUGCAACUGCCCCCUCCACUCCCCAGCAGGGGACUUGGUUUGACGGUUCAGGCGCCCAUGUCCCACUACCGAAUGGAAUACCGAAUGGCACACCGCCGUCAAAUGCAUCCCCUGUGUCUGGCUACGACGGCACAGAAAAUUUGGUCGAAGAGAGCCAGGACUGGUGGUCCAGGAAUGCUACCUACGGUAUGGGUAUAGGUGGUUGGAACGGGUCCUGGAAUACUGCAUCUCCUAAUCCACAGCCUCAAAUCGAGUUCCAGAACGAGAAUCUCGUUGCCGUUGCUCAGCCACCAACACCGGGUCCGGAUAAUGGUAUACCAAUCACUCGACCUCAUUUGGCUCCUGAUGGCAAUCCCCCAUUUAGAGAUGGAUGGCAAUGA